CGGAAGAAAACUGAGAACGCACGUCACAUCCAUUCGUGUAGUUGCCUCAAAGAGUUUGAUGAAGUUUUUAGCCACACAAAGUAUCUCAAUUUGAGUUCAACAAUGACUUCAACACAAAGUAUGAGACGCUUUGUCUGUGACCGGCUCACUGCGGCUGCUCAGGAGAUAUUGGGGGCCUUUGAAAGGAAAGUAGAAGGUUACGAGGCAGAAAUCGCUCGUCAACGCAGAUUGUUGGAUGUUGUUUUAACACCUGAGAUAAAGUUACAACGGACAGAGCUCCAUCAGACACAUGGUUAUAAGGAGGAGGGGGAGGUUCUCCUGAUUCACUUUAACCAGGAGACGAUCUCCAGUUUGGUCCCACCAGAUCCUUCGCCGAUUAAAGAGGAACAUGAAGAAAUGUGCAUCGGUCAGGAACUGCAGCAGUUUGGACAACAAAGGGACACUGAAGCCUCUAAGUCGACUCCAACUUGCGAGGGAAAUGUCCACAGUGACCAGUCUCGGCCUUUGGACCCUGACCAAACUGAGAGUGCAGCAAAUAAAGAUCCUCAAUCCAGCAUCUCAAACAAAGUUAUAUUAUCUGGAUCUGACACAGAGAAUUCUGCAGUAUCAGCACCAAGCACUGACCACCAGCUCCUCUCUCACAACUCAUGUGUGAGAGCAGAGAGCCAAGAUCACGUAACUUGUAACCAUGGAAGUGCAACACCAUUGAGACAUAUCAAGUCAUCACCAAAUAAGAAAAGCAAAGACGGGGACUCAACAUCAGCUACAAGUGCGGAGGAAACAAGUAAGAAAUGUGAUGAUGAGAACACGGCAUCAACCAGCAGUACUGAGCUAACACCAAAUAAUAACAAUCAGAACACAAUGUUAAUCAGAAGUACUGAGACAACGCUACAAAAGAGUGGUGAUGGGAACGCAAAAUCAAAUAGAGGUACUGAGCCAAUACCAAAUAAGAAACCAGAUAAUAGAAAAACAACAUCUGCUACUAGUACUGAGCCAACAACACAUGGGGAAGGUAAUGAUGAGAACACAACCUCAAAUGAGAAGCAAACAGGAAACAGUGAGCCAAAUGAAAAAAGCCAAGACGGGAGACCAACCUCAACUGGAAGCUUUGAUCCAACACCAAAUAAGAAACGUAGCAAUGGGAAUAACUCAUCUAGCAGAGGUACUGAGCUACCACAAAGCAAAGAUAGGAGUCCAACCUCACCUGGAAGAGUUGAGCCAACACCAAAUAAGAAACACAAUGAUAAACAACCAACAUCAAGUGGAAAUGGUGAGCCAACAUUAAAUAUGAAAGAUAAUGAUGAGAACACAACGUCCCUCAGAGGUACUGAGCCAACAACAAAUAAGAAACCAGAUAAUGGACAAACGACAUCUGCUACAAGUACUGAGCCAUCGCCACAUAAGAACGAUGAGGACGUAACGUCAAAUGUUGAUACUGAGCUAACACCACAAAAGAAACGUAGCGAUAUGAAUAAAACAUCAACCAGAAGUACUGAGCUAACACCCAAUAAGAAACAUAUUGGUGAGAACACAACAUCAACUAAAAGUACAGAACCAACACCAAGUAAGAAAAGCCAAGAUGGGAACAACACAUCAACCAGAGGCACAGAGCCAACACCGAGUAAGAAAUGUGACAAUGAGACGACAACAUCAGCUGAAAGUUCGGAUCCAAUAGCAAGUAAGAAAUCCAACGGUGGGAAAAUAACAUCAACUUCAAGUACUAAGUCAACACCAAAUAAGAAUCCUAACAAUGGGAAAGCAAUGUCUACAAGAAGCAAGGUGUCAACACCAAAUAAGAGACAAAACGAUGAGAGCACAACAUCAAAUGGAAGCACUGACCCAACACCAAAUAAGAAGCGCAACGAUGAGAAGACGACAUCAACCAGAAGAACAGAGCAAACAGAAAGUGAGAAACGUAACAAUGAAAGCACGACAUCAAAUGGAAGCACUAACUCGCCACCAAACAAGAAAGAUGGGAACACAGCUGGCGAUAGCAUCGGCCAUAAUGAUAACCCUUACAAGUGUGACCGGUGCGGUAAAGUGAUGACUAAUUUCAAAAACUACAAAUUUCAUAUGAAGUCCCACACUGUUGAAAAGACUUUCAAAUGCGAUACUUGUGGGAAAAUGUUCAGGGAGAGUUGGGAUUUGAAUAAACAUAUAAUAAUUCACUCUGUUGAGAAGCCUUUCAAAUGCAAGGUUUGUGGAAACGGAUUCAACCGGAGUUAUAAUCUCGACCUACAUCUGCGGGUUCACAGCGGAGAAAAGCCGUACAAAUGUGACACGUGUGAUAAAAGCUUCAGCUCAUGUGUGAAUCUGAAAAAGCACACGAGAAUUCACACGGGUGAGAAGCCUUAUACCUGCAGCGACUGCGGGAAAGAGUUUGCAGAUUCUUCGUCUUUCAAAAAUCAUCUGCGAGUGCAUUCGGGGGAAAAGCCCUUUAGGUGUUCCUUUUGCAAGAAAAGAUUUGCCACUAGGACGACUUUGAAAAGGCACAUAAGAACACACACCGGUGAGAAGCCAUACCUGUGCAAUGUGUGUGACAAGACGUUCGGUCAUAGAACAGACCUGAAAGGACACAUGAGGCUACAUACUGGGGAGAAGCCCUACAAAUGCAGUACUUGUGGAGAACAGUUCUCCACCUGGUCUAAACUCAACAAACACAAGCGUGUACACACAAGUGAUGCACAAAGCUCUACUGCUUAAAAAGCUGUCUGCAUUUGAUACAUCAUACUUCUGACAAAAGGAAACAAUUGCACUAAAGUAGAAUUGCUUCUGGUUACCUCGAGCCGCGAGCCUCAGUCAGAGAUGAUGAACCGCCUACAGAUGUCUGGCAACAUCACUUCUUUCUUUCUCCACAACCCCAGGUUUCUUUUAAUGUUUUGAGGUCUUCAAUACCAACCAAUGCUGAGAUAAUUGAUCAGAUUUCACGCAGCUCCUUCUGGAGCCACAAAAGGCUUCACCACGCCUCUCAGAUUUAGCAGUUGUUGCAGAUGCAUCUUUUUAUUCUUAUACUGUCUAAAUAAUAUUACAGAUGUUCAGUUGAGUUCCUCUUUUAAAUGUUCCUCUUUUCACUUCAGGGUUUUGUAGAUAAGAUCUGCUUUUUUUGCUGCACGAACAGAGUUAAGUGCAUAACCCAGUUUAUGCUGGGUGUUCAGAUGGGGCCGCGUUUGUGAGGGUUUGUUGAUUCAGUUACUAAUGAGACGAUGAAACACAAUCCAGGAUGAUUUUAUCCACAAUCAUGACUGUUUUUGUCACAAAGUUGUCUACCUGGAAUGUGAUCUUGCAUGUAUUCGACUGGCCAAUGCAGUUCUUUGCCGGAUGCACUUGCCUUGUGUUACAGCAACACUUGAUUCACCUUUAACUGUUUUGCGAGACAAGCCUUGGUUAUUUUUUUUGAGUGGUCUCAUUGAGAUGAAUGAGUGGCCUGCACUUUACAAUGUGUUUAUCUAUUGAUCAUUGUUUUAAUCAGAAUUCAUAUUAUUCAUUGCAUAGGCAAAUAAGAAAAAGAAACAUUGCCUCUUUGUCUAAAUGCCUCGACGUCUAUGUAAUGAGUUGUUUUCAAAAGUGCAGCCUGUAAUUUGUUCUGUAAAACAGAGUUUUUAAUAAAUUGUAAUGUACUUUUUUCCUUAAA